GUCCAAAGGUUAUUUUGGCAUGCGUGGCGUGCAUGACCGAUUUCAGUCUGUUCGGAAGUGACGACGUGGAUAGAUUUGUGACUAAGCCUGAGGGCAAAAAUAUUGGAGACCAUAGACGACUGGUAACGUUGCGGAGAAAGACACCCAGUUACCUGUUGCUCUCCAAGAUGGUUGGCCACCUGCUCCUGGUCUAUGUUUCCUAAAUACUGAAGGUUUGAAGUUGGAUCAACUUUGUGGAGAACGGAGAAGAAAAGUUGAAUCCAAGCCUAAGUGGUGGAGGCCUGAUCUGACCCUGCCUACUCCAACCCCUCCUACUGCCAGAUUUGUGAGCCUUUGUUGGUUUCCUGUCUGAGGGGAAAAAUCAAGGAGGAACAUUUCUACAAAUGAAGAGCUGAAGUCUUCACUUAGGAAACAAGUUCAAACUUAAUAUCUGGAAAAGUGCAUUAUUUUAUUGAUUUGUUUUUUACUUGGGCUAUAAACUGGGACGCUGUAUACUGGGAUCAGUUGGGACCUACUUACUGUACCUUUUGGACUAGUGGUGUUACAACAUGGCGAAGAAAAACAGCCAGAAGGAUACCUCUGGUAUGGUGUUCGACACAAACUUGAAAAUGGUUAUGUCCCAGGGAGGGACUUUUGAGAGGAUGAAGGAGAAGAUUAGUGCUGUCAGGGCCGUUGUUCCCAACAAAAGCAACAAUGAGAUAGUUCUGGUCUUGCAGCACUUUGAGAACUGCGUCGAUAAGGCCGUCCAGGCUUUCCUAGAAGGUAGUGCUGUGGAAAUCUUGAAGGAGUGGAAUGUAACUGGUAAAAAGAAGCCCAAGAAGAAAAAGAAGCCCAAGCCCCAGCCAGAGCCUCUGGCAGAGGAGCCUGCUCCAGCCGAGACCAUGCAGCCCUCUGAGACUGAGAGUAAGGAAGCUGUGAAUGGGUUCCAUGCCAAUGGCUCCGUGUUGGACGGAGACUCACUAGACUCUCUGAGUGAGCAGUUGGAUACGGCUUCCUUGGACGCAGCUGAGUUGGAUUCUGAACCUGCCACGUCGGACAUUACAGGUGCGGAAGCAGACUCUCUUUGUAGUGGCCCAAGCCCCACCCCUCACCAUGCUCAAGGAGGAAGGAAUCACCAGCCUCCCCGUGGCAACAAGUUCCGUUCUAGAACCAGCUCCCAGCCAUCCACUUCCUGUGUGCUCACCACUGACGAGAACCAACAGGGAUCGUCUGGAGCCAAGAAGAUUGCGCCCAACAUUGACCGCUCUGUGAAGGACCUGCAGAGAUGCACAGUGUCGCUCACUCGCUACAGAGUGGUGGUCAAGGAUGAGAUGGACUCCUCUAUCAAGACCAUGAAGCAGACAUUUGCUGAGCUCCAGAGCUGCCUGAUGGACAGAGAGGUUACUCUGUUGACUGAGAUGGACAAAGUCAAAGCAGAGGCCAUGGCCAUUUUGGAUGGCCGUCAAAAGAGAGCAGAGGAGCUCCGCAGGCUGACUGACCAAUCGGCAUCCAUGUCUGAGGACCAACUGAGUGAGCUGCGUGCUGACAUAAAGCACUUUGUGAGUGAGCGUAAAUUUGAUGAAGACCUGGGAAAAGCUGUGAAGUUCACUUUCGAGCUAGAACCACUGAAGACAAGCAUCACAGGAUUUGGAUCAGUGUACCACCCUCAGACGGGUUACUCCAGCCGCUCCCGCUGUAGCUCCACCUCCUCCUCCAUCACAGGCCCAGGGUCCCUAGAAGCCCCACCUCCCUCCAGCUACGAAGGACGCCCUACGCAGCCAAACAAAACGACUUUCCUAGGCAACAGGCGUUACACGGCGGGUCCGGGGUACCACCCCGGUGGGCAGCGGUAUAAUGGCAGCUCCUAUCGUGACAGGAACCCCAAUCGUGGAGGCUACCGUUCCCAGGGCUACCAGGGCCAAGGCGAUGGCCCCAGCCAUCCUACUCCCACACAAUCCUCCAACUCCACAAGAGCCCCUUCCAACUCCGCUCCAUCCUCUUCUUACCGUCAAGACCACCCUUCUCAUAAUGGUCUGCCCCAAAGGCCUCCGCGGACACACUGCCCCUGACACCAGAACUACCUGGCCCAUUUGUCAAACCCCCUACUAACCCUGGCAUUCCACCCUCAAUUCCCCGCCCCUUCCACCCCACUAACUCCUCUCAAUGAAGAAUAGAAUACAAGUUUACAUUAUUUUUGUCAAUUGAGCUGUAGUGCCACCCAUAGGCAACCAUUCAUCCUCCUAACUUGAAAAUUAGCUACCCAUGUUCUGCCACUUUCUCCAUCCUUUAGAAUUAGCUAUUAAGACCUAUUUUCUCAUGCCUGUUGAUAUAGCAGCUACCCAGGUCCCCUCAUGUGAGUCUGAUUUAAUCUUUGCUAUUUCAGAGGCCAGUGUUAUCUGGUGAUGCGUUUAUAUGCAUUUUGUAGCAUUAUUUUAUUUUAUGAUUUAUUUUAGUUUUUGUUCUCGCAUCAAAUUAAUUUUAUUUUGCUUUAGGUUGCAAGUUUUUUGCAGUCUAUCAAACCAUUUCAGUUCCUUAUUUUAGACGAUACAUGACACCCUUACUAUGGUUUCACAAGUAUGUAUGGGAGAUUGUCAUCAAUGGCAUAGAAUCAACACUACAUAAUUGUAUCUUAUUAUUUUAGAGCUUUCCAUAUAUACUGGUUGCUCCUGUAAAUAAUAUGUACUCAUUGAAAUGUAUGAUGAAUAUGUUAAUCAGAACUAGCAGGUCAACCAGAGAGGUAAUCACAUCUGUUGUUGCCUGAUAGCAGUUUAUUUUCCUCCCUCACAUGUAAAUUCAGAUAAUUUUUUUGUGGAUAGUUUUUCUGUCCUCCUUACUGUUAUUGUAUAAUCCAAGGAGAGGGCUCCUUUUUCUUUAUUACAUUCAUCCUUUAUUAUGUGGGACUCCACUUCUCAAAUCUCAGGUAUGAGAAAGGAACCUACACUCCCCUUCACGUAUGGUCUGAAUUAGGACUUCCUUUUGUUAGUACAUCUAUUUUGCUGUUAUUUGGUCUUCUCAUUCUUUCCUUAUGUUUUAGUGUGUGUCAGACAGGACCAUAAACAGCGUACACUUGACAUGCUCGUAUCACAUUGCAACUUCCUUUGCCUUUCUGCAUCAUGAACACUGUUAAGCGCACAGUCUUCUGAUCUUUUCCAUUACUGAAAAGUGAGCUGUAGGAACUUUGUCCUUUUUGAUACGUUCACGUUCCUCUUAAUUAUAUCCUAGAGAAGAGAAAUUGGAUCAAAUUUGUCUAUGCUGUUUCGGUCUUAUUUUGAACAUGUUUUAUGGCUGCUGAGUUUGGACAAAUUGAGAUGGUAAUACCAGGAUAUAAGAUUCUUUGUAAUGUCUACAAUAACUGAACAAAAUCUGGAGAAAUACCUCAUUGUUGCCCCUUGUACACUGCCUGGUAGCAUAAUGUUGCUUUUGGGACUGCUUUACAGAGGCCUGAAUGCUCUUUUGAAAUAGGGCUUGGUAUGGCUUACCAUUUAGCGAAAGCAGUGUGGUCUCAUGUCAAACUGCAAGGCAUGUGUAUAAGAUCAUACAAACAAGCUGUUUCCUCUGUGUACCAAAGGGUCAUACUGAUGAGUAGAAUAAUUGAGAGAAACUUAGACUAACUGCCCCCCCCCCCCCCCCAGGUACUUAAGUCUUCUUUUUAUAGGAGUGUAGUUUGGUCAUGAGAAAAAUAACUUAAUUUGGGGUUUUGUUAUAUUGCACAUCAACGUAAAGAUUAUGUGGUUCUGGUUUGUUUGUUCAGUGGUUUACAAAGUAUUCUGUGGAAGUGCAGAGUAUACAGUAGGGCAGAUCACUUGGCAUGUAUCAGCAACUGUGCUUGAGCAGGUAAGGCUUGGUAGCCAACACCAAGAUCUUCCAGCCUUCAGCAAAUCUUUCCUCAUCUCAGAUCUGCACUGUAAAUAUAGUCUCAGUAAUCAUAAUGCACAGUAGUGGAGAUUGCAUGCAUUACAGUACAGAGAAUUCUAUCUCCACAACACUGCUAGUUGUUACCUUUUGGUGCUGGGCAUGUUGAGGUUUGAUUUUAAUAGCUGAACUGAUUCUGCAUAGGGAAUGAAUGAUGCCUGUCUCAAUCGCUCUUUUUCCAAAUGUAUGUAAAGUCACAUUCACAGCAUUCCAAACUAUCUGGAUAGGUUAUCGCCAAAGAGAUCAUGUUGUCUUGUUCGAGUUGCUGCCUUUUUUUCUUACUCUGCUUAUAAAUUUAAAAAAAAUAUGAUUGUUUUACAAUGGGAUAAUCUGUUCUAGGUUGAGUAACAUUGUUUCUUUUACAUUAUUUUUUUCUUUCCUGGAUCUUUACUGUAUAUAUGUAGCUAUAAUUUAGUUGUGCUCACAUGGUGCAUUUUGUAUGUUAUAUACAUAUUGAGCAUAUGGUUUACCUAUGACAACUGUAAACUUAAGUGCCUUCUCUUGUCUCCCUCCAUUCACUACCCCCCUUCCCUACCACUACCACCCAGUAUGGACCAAAGACAUCUGCCCUCCCCAUCCAUUCCAAUAGAAGCACCCCCCCCCCCCUAAUACACAGAAAGGCACACUUUUCCUUUACUAUUAAACGAUUGUUUGCAAUA